CUAGAUCUGAUCAUGUCUCACUCAGGUGCUCAAGGUAGCAUUGGUAGCCACUCUACCAUUGGGCUGCGCAAUAACAAGAUAUACCUCUAUGAAUAUGAGAACUUCCAAGGCCGUAAGAUGGAUCUGUUCGCAGAGUGCCGUAACCUGAGCGAGAAGGGUUUCGAGAGAAUCGGCUCCAUCAGGGUAGAGUGUGGACCCUGGGUGGGUUAUGAGCAGCAGAACAUGACUGGUGAGAUGUUCAUGCUGGAGAAGGGAGAGUAUCCCCGUUGGAACACCUGGUCCAACAGCUACAGGUGUGACCGCUUCAUGUCGGUCAGGCCCGUCAAAAUGGAUCCCCAGGACCACAAGAUUUGCCUGUUCGAAUGUCCGAACUUCGAGGGUCGUAAAAUGGAGGUGUGCGAUGAGGAUAUUCCAAGCCUGUGGUCUUACGGCUUCCAGGACCGUGUUGCCAGCAUUCAGGUCACUGGUGGAACCUGGGUGGGCUACCAGUACCCUGGCUACCGUGGCUACCAGUACGUGUUUGAGAUGGGACCUCUGAAGCACUGGAACGAGUGGGGAGCCCACCAGCCCCAGAUCCAGUCCAUCCGCAGGGUGAGAGAUAUGCAGACGCACCGCAGGGGCUGCUUCGAGAUGACCGCAUAG